UGCCUCUUUUUUUUCCUCUUCUUCGCGGCGGUGGGUCGGAGCCGCUGUAUCCCCGGUCUGGCACGUUCCUAGCCAAAUUCUCCACGGUGUAAAAUUGGAUCCCCCCUUUUCACAAAACUAAAAAACAAAUCCCUGUAACCGCCCGUACGUUUGCGUUUAAAAACACACCUCCAAAUCUCCACCAGAUACCUCAGAAGAUGGCGGUGGUGAGCGGGAUGUCGGGGUCGGCGGUAGCCCGGCUGGAGGGCCGAGAAUUCGAGUAUCUGAUGAAGAAAAGGUCGGUGACCAUCGGCCGGAACUCCUCGCAGGGCUCGGUGGACGUCAGCAUGGGACACUCCAGCUUCAUCUCCCGGCGACACCUCGAGAUAUUCACUGCGGGAGAAGACGGCACCGGCACCGGGGAAUUCUACCUCCGAUGCCUUGGAAAAAACGGGGUGUUUGUGGAUGGGGUGUUCCAGAGAAGAGGGGCUCCACCUCUCCAGCUACCACGAAUGUGUUGUUUCCGAUUCCCCAGCACAAGUAUAAAGAUCACGUUCACAGCGCUGUCCAGUGACAAGAAGGAGCCAAGGAACGUGCCGGAAUCACCGGUCAAGCCCGUCCAACCUCAAAUUUCCCCACUGACCAUCAACAUUCCUGACAACAUCGCCCACCUCAUGAGCCCACUGCCUUCACCCACAGGCACCAUCAGUGCGGCAAACUCCUGUCCAUCAAGUCCACGGGGGGCGGGACUCUCCAGCUACAGGACAGGCCGUGUUCUGGCCUCUGACCUAAUAGGAGAUAACUCCCAGUCGGAAAACGACAAGGAGGCCUCUGGUGAAGACAGCCCUAAGGACGACUCCAAACCACCAUAUUCAUAUGCACAACUAAUAGUUCAAGCUAUCACCAUGGCCCCGGAUAAACAGCUGACACUGAACGGAAUAUACACGCACAUCACCAAGAACUACCCCUACUACAGAACAGCUGAUAAAGGCUGGCAGAACUCGAUCCGCCACAACCUCUCUCUGAACCGGUACUUCAUCAAAGUGGCCCGCUCUCAGGAGGAGCCGGGCAAAGGCUCGUUCUGGAGGAUCGACCCCGCCUCUGAGGGCAAGCUGAUAGAACAAGCCUUCAGGAAGCGCAGGCCCAGGGGAGUGCCCUGCUUCAGGACCCCCGUGGGACCGCUUUCCUCCAGGAGCGCUCCAGCUUCUCCCAACCACACAGGGGCACUGUCUGCCCACUCCAGUGGAGUCCAGACCCCAGACAGCUUGUCCAGAGAGGGGUCCCCAGUCCCCAUGGAGCCAGAACCAACCCCACCGCCCGCCCCCGUCCCUGUCACCUCAGUCCAGCCCAAACUCGCUGUCAUCCAAGAGGCUCGCUUUGCACAGAACUCCUCUGGUUCCCCGCUCAACAACCAGCCAGUAUUGAUCACCGUGCAGCGGCAGAUGCCUCAAACGACCAUGAAGCCUGUGACCUACGCCAUGGCAACGCCAGCCAUAGUAACGACGACAGGUAGCCCCGCCCCCGUCAUGCAGACGGUGCACGUCGUCCACCAGAUCCCAGCUGUCACCAUGGCAACUGUUGGCGGACAGCCCACUGCUACAGUGAGCCCAGAACCUCAGGAGAACGGAGGAGGGGACCACCAAGAGAUCAAAGUAAAAGUGGAGACGGUCCCGUCCAUCACAGCCUCAUCUAUAGGCGGAGUCAGUCGCAUCAUCCAGAGCUCUCAGGCUGCUCCCCUGACAACAGUCACCAUCGUGCAACAAGCCCCGCUCGGCCAGCACCAGCUUCCAAUAAAGGCCAUCACACAAAACGGGACUCAUCUGGUCCCCAUCAGUACUGCUGCUAGCACAGCUGUUGCGAACCCUCUCCAUCUCCUGGCGACCCACGCUUCGGCCUCCGCGUCCCUCCCUACCAAGAGGCAGAACGGAGAACUGCAAGACCAACCCGAGUCGAAGAGGGUGAAAACAGCAGAGGAAGUGGAGGGCGACGCAGCAGCUGCAAACAACAACAACAACAACAACGGCACCACGGACACAGCCGGAGAAGGAGGGGUCAGUGAACAGGUGGGCGACAAGUAGCCCCCCUGUGUGCACCCUGACCCCUCUGCUCUCCUGUAUGCAUUGAGCCUCACACCUUCCACACUCUCACCCCCUCCAUCCUUAACUGGUUUAUCAUCUACUCCAAGGUGCCAAAAAGAGAAGAGAUGUAGAAACACCUACGGACUACAGAAUGUUCAAAACCUCCUCCUCCUCUUUGUGUAUUAAAGACCAUGAAAUACGAUGCAAAAACUAAAGACCAAAUUGAAAAACGAAUCAAAGAAGAAUAUAGAUGCUGAUGACUGUGAAUCCCCCUUGAAGUUCGAGACCCAGAUGGCACGAAGAAGCACAGGAAGUCUUCACUCUGAAAGAAAUACUUAUAACUACAGAUUUCCAGAUCAGACUUAUCGGACAAGCGAGGGAGCGCUUAAACACGCUCCCCAAAAAGAGGGAAAGGAGCCGACAGCCUCAUCCUGGUAGCAUUACAGACAAGCGCUUAACUGUGUGUCGGAUAGAAAAAGCAAGUGAAAUCACCAGUAGUGUAUUCCGCAAAGGGAAGUGUGUGUACGUGUGGACAUUCCCAUCUUCGGCAGCUAGCCUCCAUGUCGACCUACCUAACCCAGUCGUGAGUAGAUAUGCAGUAUUCCGUUGUACAAGUGUAUCUUUGGAUCUUUUUGAGUGUUUCUCCGUUUCCCAAGGCACAGAUACUAUCUAGUAAUAAUUAAGAAACUAAAAGCUAUAAGUGGGGUCUUUAAGAACAUUUAAAACAUCACCUGAUAUUUUGGGAAUCCUUUUGUUUGUUUUUGUAUGUGGACUCUUUGUUCAGUGAAAUGAAUGUAGUCUCCUUUUCCUUUUUAAAGAAAACACUAUCUAUGGAGUGGAUGUUCUUUUUUUCUGCUCAUUCAUGCAAAUGAAAUUUCUUUACCACUGUACAUCUACAGAUUUUUUCAUAUUUUACAAAUAUCCUAUGAGAUAAAAAAGUAUAUUCCCAUGCGUAUUUGACCAUAUGCUUCAUCGAGCUUGCAUGUUACGGAUCUAGAGACAAUGUACUUGAGCAGAUUAUCUGAAUAUGGAACUGAAGAAAACUUAGACUGAAUCUAUGCUAUAUGAUUCUGACCAGUGCUGCACUUAACCCUCUUUAGUUUUUCUUUUUGUAAUUUUCAUUUGCUCUCCCCUGUCAUCAUUGGCUGUUUGUUAUCUUUGUGUUGAAGUUGGCAGUCUCUUCGCUUGGAUUAUUUCAUUCUGUUCAGGCUACUAAAACGUCUAUUCAGAUUGUAUUCUAUGUUACACGAGGAAAAACAAGUGAUAGGUGUUUGUUCUGCUUCAGUGGGUAAAUGCUUUUUUUAUAAAUUUAUUUAAAACACAUAA